UCAGGUAAACUGAUCUGCGACAACAAAAAGCCACCAAACACGGAAGUGGAUUAUAGUUCGGCGCGGAGGUGAAGAUCUUCACACGUUAACCUUCGAGUUCGGAAACCGGUUCUACUUUCAGACUACAUUUAAACCCGGUUCUAGACCUGCGUCCAGUUUCAGAUCCAAAUCAACGAGAUGAAGCAGCUGCGUCUACUGACGGUCUGUUUCUUAGUCUGUUCCAGUCUAGCUCUGGAAUGUGACUGGGACCAGUCCACUGAUCAGAACCAGGGUCUGGACCCGAACUCCUUGGUAGCCGGCGCGCUCCACCUGGACAAGAACCCGGAGGUGUCUGACGCGGAGGGCUGCCGGGCGGCGUGCUGCAAAGAGCCGGACUGUGACCUGGCCCUGGUGGGUCUCCCGGCGGACGGAGGGCCGCAGUGCCUGCUGGUAAAGUGUGUGAUCCAGGACCGGGACGUGUGCGUCCUCCAGCCCAGCGAGCAGUUCAGGAUUUACCGCAGGAAGGUGCACAGAGCCGGGGAGACCUCACACAUCGUCCCGCUGAUGAAUGCCGUGGAGCCGAAGACCGAAACCAGCAACGAGACCAGCAACGUUCUUUGUCGUCUGCCGAUGAAAGUUGGUUCAUGCCGAGCUGCGUUCCCAAAGUUUUUCUACAACGUGACCAAUCAGAGCUGCCAAAAGUUCACCUACGGCGGCUGUGAGUCCAAUGGAAACAACUUUGACACAAAGGAACAGUGUGAGGCCAAAUGCAGCGGAGUCACAGGUUCAGUUCUUCCUGAUGAGUCGACUCCUGCUCCUCCACUUCCUGUCAAAGCUGCUCGGAUGGCUCCGGCCUUCAACACAAAGGUGAGUCAGGAUCCUGAAGGUCCAGCUGAAUCUGAACUUGCUGCUACAGAGUCUGGACUCACUAAGGAGACAGGUGAGGAGACAGAAAUGUCAGCUGAUGACUUCGCAGAGCGCUGUGGGGCGGAGCCUGAGGUGGGUCCCUGCAGAGCAGCGUUUCAGCACUGGUACUACAACAGAGAGACGGGUAGCUGCCAAUCAUUCAUUUACGGAGGCUGCAGAGGAAACAAGAACAACUACAUGACCAAGGAGAGCUGCAUGACUACCUGUACAGUCACGGUCCUUCCCUCAUCUAAAAAAACAGCUGAUGACGUUUCUCAGGAGUACAAAGAUCAGUGUACGGCGACCCCGGAUCCAGGUCCCUGCCGUGCUGCUUUCCCCAUGUACUACUACGACCCAAAGGCCAACAGCUGUCAGUCAUUUAUGUACGGUGGCUGUCGCGGCAACCAGAACCGUUACGACAGCAUGGACAAGUGUCUAAAGCACUGCACCUCUGAUGCUGUCUUUGAUGGACACGGGAGAUCUCGGAACCGAUGGACUGCAGCUGUCUUCCUCUUCGUCACCCUCGCCGCCGUCUCUGCUCUCCUGUUGGCAGCACUCAUCGUCAUCUCGCUCAGACGUCAUGGUCUGUCUCAUCAUGCUUCUUCCAUCAGUGAUAAGGAGGAGCUUCUUCCAGAUCCAGAUGAGCAGUCCUCUGUGGAGUCUCUGACACUCCCAGAGAGCCCCAAACCAGAUCAGGCCUGAUGGAGGUCUGAGGAGGAUUGAGGAAGUUUGAGGAGGUCUGAGGAGGAUUGAGGAAGUUUGAGGAGGUCUGAGGAGGUCUGAGGAGGUCUGCUGGUCCAGGUUCAGGACUGAUUGAAACAUGUUCUUCCUGUGAGCCUUCAUCAACGUUUAAGCUCAGGACCAACACGUGGAUCAGUUCUGUUCUGGAGUCAGUCUGAGCCGCUCUUCAUCAUCAUGAUCAUCAUGAUCAUCGUGGGUCAAAGGGAAACUCUUUAGAUAAACUAUGACUUCUUUUUAGGAUCAGACUGGAUCCAUUGGUUCUGACUCUGUUCAGGCUUUACUGAUGUUCUCCUCUUCAUCUUCUUCUUCAGUCAUGUUCAGAUUGAUAAAUAUCAAGAUACUUCCUUUAUUUCCUUCAGAUUGUUUUGUUUCUUAGAGAUGGAGGUCACUUAAACAAACGUGAUGAUGUCACACUGGUUAAUCUGGAUUAUUUGUUAAUAAUCAAAAUUGGAUUGUUUUGUUUUAACUUUUAUUCUCUGAUGUUGAUUCUUUAAUUAAUGAAGUAAAACUUUAAUCACUUUGUUUUGUAUUUUAGUCAUGUAAACUUUAAGCUUUUUAUCUUUGGCAGUGUUUUGAUCUUUUUAUAUUUGAUGGAUUAAACAUGUCAAACUGUAA